AUGUCCUUCUUUCGUACCUACAACAACCUCCUCAAGAUACACCCGUACAAGACCAAUAUGGUCUCAACGGGCUUAUUCUUCGGGGCAGGCGACUGUUUGGCCCAGCUUAUAUUUCCUCACCACAUUGACGACGAUGUCAACAAACCCACGACCUUCCACAUCGACAGAACAGUGAGAGCCAUGAUCUACGGGUCCUUUAUAUUUGCGCCACUAAGCGUCAAGUGGCACCGUUUGACCCUCCCUUACAUCAAGAGCCCUUUUCUUCUGACUGCGAGAAGAGCUCGCAUAACUCACACUCAUACAGAUAUCCACGACAACUUGUUCAGACUAACACUUGAUGCUCUCUUGAUGCCUGGGCUCGUGUGGAUUCCCCUUUACAACACAGCCAUGUCGGCGUUGGCUUUGCACAGUGAUCCGCUUCUGGUGGCCGCAGACAAGCUUCGAAACAACUGGUGGAACGUGCUCAGAGCAAGCUGGACGGUGUGGACGCCGCUUCAGCUUGUCAACUUGUUCUUUGUACCGGUGCAUCUUCGUAUUGUGCUAGCCAAUGUGUGGUCGAUUGGGUGGAACUGCUUCUUGAGCUUUGUACACAACACUAAGGGCCACGGGAAGGGUAGUGGCAAAUUGAUGGAGGAGCUUGUAGAUAUCGAGACGGCCGAUGAGGAGCAGACCAUGGUGUAUGCAUAA